AGGUAACAACAAAAUACUACGUCACAUGGAUUACUACAAUGGAGAUUGUAGCAACAGCUUAUUUCUUCAUUCAUACAUAUAUGUAUGUGGUCUAACUAGAUUCAGUGCAAGACGUUACAUAGUCCAAUAAUAAAAAAAUUCAACUUUUUAAUUGUUAGGUGUAAACAUUUUAUUCUCAGUAAAUUAAAGCAUUUAUCAAUAAAUAUGAUAAUUGAUAUUAUAAUCUAUUACCCAGAACUAGAAAUAUAACCUACAUAAUUAGUGAUGGAGGAAGAUGGUGGUAAAAGAAUGAGAGGCAGAACUCGUGGUAGAGCACGUGGUAGAACACGAGGGAGAGCUAGAGGAAGGUCUAAGAAACAAGUAAAGGUCAUUGAAAGUGAUGAAGAAGAUACUCCUCAACAAGUAGAAGAAGCUCCAACUGAAGUUGUUGGAACAGAAUUAGAAGAACAUGAAGCUCCACCAACACAGCAGCUUCCUUUGGAGCAACAGUUUGACUUGGAAGCUGAUAUAUCACAAUUGGAAGCCCCAACUUUUACAACUAUCAAUAGAGGACCGCCUGAACCAAUGCUACGUUUAAGAUGGGAUCACAGAGUAAAUCUCAUUGGAGAAAAAGUGUUAAAUCCUAUGAUACAUUGUUGUGAUAAAUGUUUGAAACCAAUUCUUAUUUAUGGACGUAUGAUACCUUGCAAACAUGUAUUUUGCUUAUCUUGUGCCAAAAGGGAAGAUAAAGUUUGUCCUCGUUGUAUGGAAAAGGUUUCUAGAGUGGAACAAACUGGCUUGGGUACUGUGUUUAUGUGUACACAUGGAGGAACUAGAUAUGGAAAUGCAGGUUGUAGAAGAACAUACCUUAGUCAAAGAGAUUUGCAGGCUCAUAUAAAUCAUCGACAUAUAUCAGCUCCACCACAGCAAGUUCAAGGAAUGCAAGUUGAUCCUCCUCAAUAUGUGCAUUCUAAAUCAGAGAUAGAAUCUCAAUUAACAAAAGUUUCGUCGGUUGCUAUGCAGAAUACCCGCAUAAAAUCAGUGCAAUCACAUAUGGUUCAACCCAUAAUGGGAAACGAUCCUAGAGUGAAUUCAAUGGUCAAUCAAACUCCAGUGGAGCAUAGACAACAACAUAGACCACAGGCAUUAAUAUCAAUGCAGAAUUAUUCUCAAAAUCCUGCACCUCCACCGCCAAAUAAUGCUCCAUUAAGAACAAAUCUUAUAACUGUACCUAUUCAAGAUACAGCUAUGACAACACAUGACAUACACACGCAACAAAGUCAUCAUUAUUAUCCUCCUCCACCUCCACAAGUUAAUUAUGGAGGAUAUAAUGUGCCACCACCCGUUUCUCAAACACAAUAUUAUCCGCAACCACAGCAUCCUGCUCAAGUAUCUUAUGUGCCACCACCACCACAACAACAACAGCAAUAUGUAUCUUCUACACCAACUUCAAUAAGGCCAUCUCCAACAGGAUAUAUACAAGAUCCAUCAUAUGGUCCACCACCUCCACAACAACAAGCUCCGCCACCACAAACACAAUGGUCACAGCAUCAACAACAAUUUUAUAGGUAAAGAAAGUAUAUGUCUUUGUUGUAAAGACUUGUAUGAUAUAAAUUGUGAUAAAAUUAUUAUGACAAUUAAAAGUAGUUCUAAAUAUUGAAAAUGUGCUGCCACCAUUAGAAAAUAUUCGGAAUAUUUUAUACUUUUCAAGAACUAUAAUUGCAACAUUCAAUGACAAAGAUUAUAUAUUAUAAUAGCAAUAAAGUUCUUUUCAUCCUAUA